CAUCUGCAAUAUCAAUUCACAUAUGCUCGUUGAUAGGUAUGGCGGUUCCGUUUUAGGGAUGUGAUAUAACCUGGAUUUGACCUAGAUUUCCUUGAUGGGUAUCGCCGAUGACGCAGUAGACGCUUACUCUUCCGGAACAUAAAGCCUUAUUCUCCUUGAAGGUUUUUUUUUUCAAUGGUCUCCUAUGGUAUCCGGUUAUAUUGAUAUAGAAUACGCAAUUGAUAUGCGUGAUUUCCUUAGUGUGACGUGUGAUUGCUUCAUUAAAGAUUUAAACAUUUCGACAACGGAGCAGCUUUCUCCAUCUACUGGUGCAUGUACAUUUGUGUGUUUAACACAACUCCAUUGGUAUGAGGCUGGGAGUGUUACAAGACUAUGUGAACAAGUUUACAAAGUGUCACAUCCCUGACACGAAACACGCUUUACGGGAAAGACAAAGAAGAAGACCUCAUGAUUCGUCCUAAGUACUGAAGCUAUGGAUAACCAGCCGUGGUAUUUGUUGUUGCUGUUCAUAUUUUCAUCAAUUGAUGGAGGCGAAUGCACGAUGCUGUCAGAGUACUGGGAAAAGGAUUCGACUCAUCUUUGGUAUACCACAACUGAUGAUGUUAUUUACACGACAACAGACAGCAGAGCGUCCGCGGUUUUCUGUGCUUUAAUCUGUCUGGAUAAUCCAGAGUGUCUCAUGUAUGGUUACAGCAGCAUUAUGGCUACCUGUCGAGGUUUCCGGUCCCUACAUUACAGCCCGGUAGCGAUUAUAGAGGGAUCCGAAGUCAUCUUCAAACAUAGACAAAGAUGUCGUCGGGCGGGUUAUGAUCUGUUGGAGGAUGGACCUCUUUGUGUGAAGAAGUACCUCGAUUCUCUUGCGUGGGACGAUGCGCAGGCGCAAUGCAAGAAUGACCAUGGCCGACUAGCCGUCAUUGACAACAAGAAAAAACUUGACACAUUUGUCAUAUAUUCAGAAAACAUUGCCUUCAUAAAGGUAUGGGUAGGUAUCACCGACAAAGCCAAGGAAGGCGCAUGGGUAUGGGUCAACGGAGCAAGACUGGACACUAACUAUUGGAAACUAUGUCAACUCAACGACAUUAGCCGCGAUUAUAAGCCGAAUCAGAGAUCCGCCGACUGUGGCUGUAUAGAUGGACGGAAUCUUAGAGAUGACCACUGUUUAUUGCCCCGUUCUUACGUUUGUGAGAGAGCUGAUCUUAUUUAGCACAUAAACUUUGAAACAGGCCAUCCCAUAAUUCGUUUUGCUCAUGAAAUUAAUCAUAGAGAGAUACAAAAUUUAAAGGGAGCAUUCUCCGGACAUGAUCGUUUCUAGUUGCAGUGUGAUGUGAUGAUUGAAGCAACAUGGCAACAUACAUAGACCAGCUUUCAGUAUAUAAAACGGUGCUCAUAGACUCGGGGUGAUCAUUACAAUAUCCAAAUAAUAUGAGAGAUUGUUAUAUAACUUCUCACUUGAUUUAUAUUAAUUAUAUGAUAAUAUUAUUAGUGGUAUUAACCUAUACAUGUACUGACAAAUGACCUCGAAGAAAGCGCGAAGUGUCUUGAUGUGGGAAGAAACCAGGCUACCCAGAGAAAAAGCACUCAGUUGGCAUAUGAUUCGCAUAUCUUUUUACGUAUAGAGCACCGGCCGCCAACACGAAGAUAAAACAUGAUUUUCGAGAUGAGGGACGAUAUUGAAAUCUUUUGCUCUUGCUGUUGAUGGUGUCUUCUAAAAGUUCCAACUCUGUUCGUUGUGAUAUUCUUUUUCACGUGUUGGAAUCAUCUAUUGAUAUUGUAUAUAGAUAUAGUUAUUUCAUUAUUAUUGAUAUGGCGUUGUAUAUCACUUUAUAAUUUUUAUUGAGAUGCAAUUUUGCUAAAAUCGUUUCAACAUACCGUAUGCACUUCGAUUACAUAUCUACCAGUGAAAUAUCACGUCGAUGAUAAUAAUAACUCUAGUCUUUAUUUGUUUGUAUUUGUUUUUCGCUGUGGACUAUUGACCGCAUUCAAAUCCCGAAUUUUGUUCAGUUAAUAUACAAAUGAUUCAAACGUGUAAGUGGUAGUGUUGCUCCACUUCUGCAGUAUACGUUACAGGUAUUGAUGAAAUACACAUUUGACAAGCAAUUUUGGAAGAAAAGGAAAGAGCAGAAAACACUAGAAUGAGUAGCCCUUUAGAAUAGUAUCGCGAAGUUGUCGAGCGUACCGUCAUACGGAUAGUGUAUCACAGAUAAUGCCGCGCUAGAGAGACAUGUUCAAUUCUACCACCCUAAGUCACUAGAUCAAGCUGUUAGUGCUGCAAUUGAGUUUGAGUCAUUCAGUCUGAGACAUAAGGGUUCUGGGUCACACAAACUAAAAUGUAUUGAUUUAGAAUCACCUGCUUUUGUACAGUCCCUUACUAAGUCGACUGAUGAAAAAACUGACACAGAUCUAGCUGCACUGUUACUUGAGCAGUUUGAAAAGUUGAAUUAAAAAACUUGAUAGUUUUUUAGUCGCGUAUACUUUAAAUGAAAGAAAAAGACAAAAUGAAUGUUUUCUCGAUAGGUAAAACAUAUAUUUCACUAGUUUAACAGAAGACAUCAUUUUCAGUCGCACUCAUACUGCAAUACUAAUAUAUUUUGUAUUUAAAGUACAAACUUUCAUUUUCGAUUUCGCAAUAUUAUUUAUGCGUGUUAGUUUUGCGAUUUUAAUGUUUCAGAAGAUUAAAAAAACAUGUCUCACAUUAAAGUUGUGAUUAGUUUUCAAUUUCCAAACUCGAGUCUUGCUUGAAUCAAGUAAAUAAGAAACUGCUUAAUAUUCAAGUCACCCCUUACAUUUUUCUUGUUCUCUGUUACACACAAAUGUUGGAACCUAAUUAGAACAUGAAUGACCUUGACCUACAUGUCAUUCGUUUUUCUGCUUCUGAUGUUUGGUUUUAUCAUACAAAGACACCUGGUCGAUCCCCCGGAGAUAUAGAGUUCGCCCCGACAUAUACAUGAUCAUUGAGAUAACCAGGUGUAACCCUAUGACGGUUAUCGAUACCUGAUACUGAUUAAAGUACCUUAUAAUUAUGUAUAAAACUGAAUGUAUUCUACUGUAUAUGCAUGUUUUAUGAUAUAUUGUAGUUUUAUACAUUUUAUGCCUAAAAUAUAUAGGAUAAUAAUCUAUAUGUUAUAGAGCCGUAUUUAGUCUGUACAGCGUCGUGUAGUUGGACAAUAUAUUAUUUAUAAUAUAU